UGUCUAGCCUGCAGUCACUUGAUAGUAGAAGAAGCAACAGCACCAGUAGUAGUAAUAGUAGUGUGGUGUAGCACUAUGGUGUAGCACUAUGGUGUAGCACUAUGGUGUAGCACUAUGGUGUAGCACUGUGAGUUAGCACUUUGAUUUAGCACUUUGAUUUAGCACUAUGGCACACAAAGGGAAGGCUACACCGUGGCGUAGUUGGAGCUUCACUUCAGCGUUUCUGCUAGUCUGUUUAGCACCCCUGACACAGUCGUACAAUUUGAGAAAAGCACUUGGCAGAAAUAGAGAAAAUGGUCAUGAAGGAAAGAUUCUGUUUGGUAACUUCUUUGAGAAGGGGCGAACUGGUCUGCCAACAAGUAUACAUGCCAACUGGAAUGUUACCUCCUCUGCAGAAGAUGCCAUCGGUUAUCAAAAAGACUCGUCCGGGUGGUUCCAAGAUGAUCCCAGUGUACAAUGGAAGCACUUGGAGCUGUCAGUUCAAUGUGGUGCUUACCAGAUGAAGCUCGUAGCAAGGGAGCCAGAAGCGUCACAGUUGCAACUGGUCCAAAAAAACGCCAAGUCGCUUCCCUUGACUCAGCUCCCUGAAACCUGUGGCUACUCAAUCAGUGGAAACAAUGUAAUGCUUGUAAUGGUGGCUUCAUAUGACGGCUGUACAAUGAUGCAAGAGGACGGACGCUACAUCCUACCAAUGCUUUGGCAAAGAAGGCAUAUAAUGCUCUCAUGCCCCAUAAAAGAAAUGCAUCCAGCACCACCUAUGUCUCCAAGUCGACAAAUGUCUCCUAAACCAGCUGCCUUGUCCUAUACAUACAACCAGUGGGCUAUGAGGCCUCCCUUCAAACACUAUCCAUAUGGACAACAAGUAGUGCAUCAAGAGCCAGCCGAGACUGACCUCCCUACUACACAAGAACCCACGACGACAUCGCCAACACCACCCAAAGAGCUGCCAGCAAAAAUGUCCCCUAAACCAGCUGCCUUGCCCUAUCCAUACAACCAGUGGGCUAUGAGGCCUCCCUUCAAACACUAUCCAUAUGGACAACAAGUGCAUCAAGAGCCAGCCGAGACUGACCUCCCUACUACACAAGAACCCACGACGACAUCGCCAACACCACCCAAAGAGCUGCCAGCAAAAAUGUCUCCUAAACCAGCUGCCUUGCCCUAUCCAUACAACCAGUGGGCUAUGAUGCCUCCCUUCAACUAUUAUCCAUAUGGACAACAAGUGCAUCAAGAGCCAUCCAUGACUGACCUCCCUACUACACAAGAACCCACGACGACACCGCCAACACCACCCAAGGAGCAGCCAGCAAAAAGCCCACCUGCUUCUAAACCAGCUGGCUAUCCCCAUCCACAGUACCAAGCCCACGACAACACCGCCAACACCACCCAACACCACCCAAGAGCCCACGACUACACCACCAACGCCACCCAAGGAGCAGCCAGCAAAAAGCCCACCUGCAAAUAUUCCACCUGCUUCUAA